UUUGUCCAUGAUUUACCAAAAACUGCAACAGCAAACAAAAUCAUCAUCAUCAUCAUCAUCAUUCAUCAAUGACAACGGUUUCAACUGAAUUUCUGUCGCAGACCCUCCCUUUUAAGCGUACUUGGUAUUCAAAUUCCAACACUGUUGUUAAUUGCACAACCCCACUUCUAAAUGAAGGUAGCACUAGCAAACGAAGGAACAACAACAAGAGACAUGUCAGGGUUGAUUCUUGUGAUACAAGGCCGAAAAUUGCUCAAAAUUACGACUUUCGAGAUACCCAUCUCAUGAAAGCCCUCAACAGAUCCUGCAAAGCAGGCAAGUAUAACGAGUCCCUCUAUUUUCUUCAGAACAUGGUCAACAAGGGUUACAAACCCGACGUUAUUCUGUGCACAAAGCUGAUUAAGGGGUUUUUCAAUUCCAAGAAAAUUGAGAAAGCGAUGAAGGUUAUGGAGAUAUUGGAAAAGCAUGGUGAGCCUGAUGUUUUCGCUUACAAUGCAGUGAUAAGUGGGUUCUGCAAGGCUGAUAGAAUUGAUGGUGCAAAUAAAGUGCUUGAUAGAAUGAAGAAGAGGGGUUUCUCCCCUGAUGUUGUUACCUAUAACAUACUCAUUGGGAAUCUUUGUGGUAGGAGAAAGCUUGAUUUGGCUUUAAGGGUCAUGGAUCAGUUGCUGAAAGAUAACUGCAAGCCCACUGUGAUCACUUACACCAUCUUGAUAGAAGCAACCAUUAUAGAGGGUGGCAUUGAUGAAGCCAUGAAGCUUUUGGAUGAGAUGUUGUCAAGAGGGCUUCAACCUGACAUGUACACUUACCAUGCUAUUAUAAGGGGUAUGUGCAAAGAAGGGUUGGUGGAUCAAGCCUUUGAGUUUGUUAACAGUAUAAGUACAAAGGGUUGUGGCCCAGAUGUGGUUUCGUACAAUAUUCUGCUAAGGAGUCUUUUGAAUGAAGGCAAAUGGGAAGCUGGAGAGAGGUUGAUGUCUGAUAUGUUCGUAAAAGGUCGUGAGCCAAGCGUUGUGACCUACAGCAUUUUGAUUAGUUCGCUAUGUCGUGAUGGCAAAGUUGACGAGGCUGUGAAUGUGUUGAAGGUUAUGAAGGAGAAAGGGUUAAGUCCUGAUGCUUAUAGCUAUGAUCCAUUGAUUUCUACUUUCUGCAAAGAAGGCAGAGUAGAUUUGGCAAUAGAGUUAUUGGAGACUAUGAUCUCUGAUGGUUGCUUGCCUGAUAUUGUCAACUAUAACACAAUCUUGGCCUGUCUAUGCAAGAAUGGAAAAGCUGAUGAGGCUUUGAACAUCUUUGAGAAGCUUGGUGAAGUGGGUUGUCCUCCAAAUGCAAGUUCUUAUAAUACAAUGUUCAGUGCACUAUGGAGUAGUGGGGACAAAAUUAGAGCACUGGGGAUGAUUUUAGAGAUGUUAAGCAACGGUAUAGAUGCUGACAGGAUCACAUAUAAUUCACUUAUAUCUUGCUUGUGCAGAGAUGGAAUGGUGGAUCAGGCCAUUGGGUUGUUAGUGGACAUGGAAAGUAGCAAGUGUAAGCCUACAGUUAUUAGUUACAACAUUGUUCUUCUUGGGUUGUGCAAAGUGCACAGAAUCAUAGACGCCAUUGAGGUGCUAAUAGCCAUGGUUGACAAAGGAUGUCAUCCAAAUGAAACUACCUACACUUUAUUGGUAGAAGGGAUUGGUUUUGCUGGAUGGCGAAAUGAAGCGAUGGAGCUGGCUGAUUCCCUUGUUAGUAUGGAUGCUAUUUCUGAAAAUUCAUUCAAACGUUUACAUAAAACCUUUCCCAUGCUUGAUGUGUACAAAGAGCUCGCUUUAUCAGAUCAAACUAAAUUCUUGGCAUAAACCUGAUUUAUCCAGGUGUUUUUGUUCAGCUCAAUUUAAUGAGUUCUAUGCUAAUUUAUUUAUUUCUGUUAAGUUUAAGGGGCAGUUAAUAUCAAGCGGACAGUCAUUGCUUCUGAUCAAGACACUGUUAUCCAGCCUUUGAUGCAUUGAGUUUGUAAUUAUUGCUACCCAAUGACUUAUAAAAAAGUCUGUCAAAAUGCAUACGUUGUGUAAUAUCAUAACUUAAUGUGUACAAAGAGCUCGCUUUAUUAGAUUAAACUAAAU